AUGAUCUCGACAUACCACUCCCGCCCGUUUGACGGCCUCGUCGUCGCUGUCUCGGAGCACGCAGACGACUGGUACUUGAAGAAGAUGCGCGAGAUGGUCGAGGGCGGCGGCGGCAGGCUCGUCGACCAGGUGGACGCGCGCACCACCCACCUCGUCGUUCCCGAGUCGACGACCCGCGAACUGGCGCGGCACAGCCGCAAAGUGCAGGCGGCGCUCGCGCUCUCGGGAUCAGGAUCAGGAUCGCCGUGCUAUACAUCGACGGGCGAGGUCAUUUGGAUCGUGUACGAUACGUGGGUGUGGUUGAGCAAGAAGAACCAGCGACGCGAGAAUGAAGCGCCCUACGACGCGCACGCUGGAGACAGGCCCAAGGUCCUCCCGCCCAACACGACGCUCUCGAACCCGUCGACGGGCACGCUCGACUCGUUUGACACCACCUGGCGCGUGUACAACUUUAUGGAGCAGAUGAGUGCCGAGGCCGAGCGGUUCCAUGCCUCUCUGACAGAGGAACUGCGUAUGGCAGCAGGCGCCCAUCGCGCAAUGGUCGAGAAGGAGCUUAACCUGCCCGACGUGCGGCACUCUGCCCUCGAGCUCGAGGACUAG